AUGGGACGACAUGAAGCACUGGAGCUGGACCAGCUCAGGGGCUUCGGCCAGCCGCGGCCACUUCCCCAUUAUCACCCUCUAUCCCCAGGCAGCCAUAGUGACAGCAAGACACAGCACGCAACUCCAGUCCGCGAGUCACCGUCCCCGUCCCCGAGCCGAGCCCCCGGAGCCGGGGAGCGUCCAUCCUCGCCGCAUGGUUGCUCGUCCCCGGCGUGGCGCAGGAUAUCUCGGUGCACGCGCUUCUGGGCCCUCAACAGGCCGGCCCUGCUGGUUGCCCUGUCCCAGCUGUUUGGCGCCUGCAUGAACCUGUGCGCCCGGCUGCUCGAGCUCGAGGGUGAGGGCAUGCACCCGGUUCAGGUCCUGUUCGUCCGGCAGGGCUUGACGGCCGUCUGCUGUCUGCUGUACAUGCGGUGGGGGUGCGUGCCCGACAACCCCUUCGGCAGAGGGGACGUGAGCUGGCUUCUGCUGGCCAGGAGCAUCUCGGGCUUCUUCGGCAUCUUCUGCAUGUGGUAUUCGAUGCUUCACCUCCCGCUCGCUGAUGCCACCGUCAUCACCUUCCUGGCGCCCGGGCUCGCCACCGUCAUCGCGCUGCUGGGCGUCGUCCUCAUCGCCCAGCCCGCCGCCCUCUUCUCCCCGUCGGCGGCGGCAGCACCGGAGCCGACCCCGUCGGGCAAGAAGCUGCCCAACGCGGUCCACGCUGGAGCAACGGCGCAGGGGCGGCUCCUCGGCGUCUGCGUCGCGUUGCUGGGAGCCGUCGGCUCCGCCGGGGCCUUCACGACGCUGCGCGCCCUCGGCCGACGCGUCCAUCCCGUCACUUCCAUCAACGCCCUCGCCAUGGGCUGCACCACCAUCUGCGCCGCAGCGCUGGCCCUCGCGCCGGCCCUCGACGUCGACCAGCCCUCGCUGCGCUGGACCCACCCCACGUCGACGCGGCAGUGGCUCCUGAUGCUCGCCGUCGUAGCCUUGGGCUUUGCAAUGCAGUAUCUGCUGACGGCGGGGCUGGCGGCCGACACGUCCAAUCGCGCCAACGCCAUGGUGUACACGCACAUGCUCUUUGCGGUGGCGUUUGACCGGUGGGUGCUCGGGCAUCGCAUGGGGCUCACGAGCUUCCUGGGGUGUGCCUUGAUCCUGGGCAGUGCCGUCGGCGUCGUUGUGUUGGUGCCCAAGCCGUCGCCGCAGCCGCCGUCGUUGCUCAAGGCGGUGGAUGUCGAGCGGCAGAGUAAUUUGGCUGGCGAGGCUGAGCGAUUCCCGAUGCUCACGGCUACACGUACGUCUGGUUCUUGA